GAACUGGAUGUUCAUUUGAAGUCCAAGAUUUGGAACUGGAAAUAGCUUAUCUGAGCAUCCACACCACACAGAGCAGAAAAAAUGCCUCAACUCGACAUUAAACUUCUGGAAGAGAAUACCCGAUUUUGGGAAAAUCGUUAUCGGAACAAUAACAUACAGUGGCAUAUUGACGACGUGAAUCCAAUGCUGUUCAAACACUUGAAGACGUUGAUUCCAUCAGUCACUGGAGAGGUUGGAGAGGGUUCGAAAGCAGAUUCCAACCCAAAAAAGAUUUUCAUUCCCCUCUGUGGAAAAACUAAGGACAUUCCGUUUCUCUUGAGCCUUGGUCACGAAGUUUUUGGCGUGGAGUCCUUUUCCGCUGCCAUCGAGGAACUCAACUACGACCACAAUCUUGAACUAAAGUUUGACCAGCAAAAGUCUCUUUAUGAGAGCGAGGAUGGGCGACUCAAGAUUUACUGUGGAGAUUUCUUUACCUGUCCCAUUGAAGAUUUUGAACCCUUCGAUUGUAUUUGGGACCGAGGUUCGUUCAUCGCCGUCGACUAUCAUUUUCGUGAAGCGUAUGUGGAAAUGAUGAAGCGUGCUGUGGCUUUAGGAACGGGACACAAGUUCAGAUAUUUGCUUCAAACUGUAAGAUAUGAUAAGACGGUUUAUCCUGGUCCACCGAGGUGUGUUGACCCAGAUGACAUUGAAAAGUUUUUAGAACCUUGGGCUUCAGUUCAGCAAUUGGACAGGUAUCCAGUUUCGGACGACUCACCGAUGAGAAUGACGGCAGGAGAUGUCGGGGAUCUCGAUGAAAUUGCACUGUUCCUCACAAAUAAAAAUUAACACCUUCCUUGAACGCCUUAUGGUCACUACGAAUAUAAAAUUUGAAUUUUCUUAACAAC